AUGGAAGGUCCGCGAGCCCUUCCUGUCCUGACGACAACCCCAAUGAGACCUCAUGACCUCCCGAUCGAGGUAGCUGACGAUGAUGUUGCUGAGCUUGCGGGCCCGUUGGAGGCGGAGUCCGUGGACGAGCUCCAACGGUUCCAGAUAUCCUUCACGGUCGACCGCGUAGAUCGAAAAACCUGGGCCGACUGCAAGAGGUUUUAUAAACUGAAAGGCAGCUUCGGAGAACAGCCGGAUGAGACAAUCAAGCGCAGGUCACUCAAGCCUCGCCAGGCGUUCGCGGUUUACUGGAUGCUGACAAUCGAGAAUGCACUCAAUGGAGAAUAUCUGGCGGAUGAUAUGGGCUUGGGCAAGCGGCUAUACCAGAUACCUGGAUACAUUCAAGAGCAUCAGCAGCAGCAGUCAAAAAAAUUCCGACCGGAACAGUUUUCAAAGCUUCAAAAGCACUCGCGCUCUUUGACUUCGCUGGACACAUGGCCGGAUGGUGCAACCCUCCAACUCCCGAUCACCAGUCCCUGGGGACCGUCCGUCUUUCUCAUGCCACGCACGCAUAUGGCGGCAGCUCUCUUGGGUCAUCUAGGCUGGGAUGAACACGGCAUCAUGGACGGGUUAAACCUAUUGUUUACGGGUCCACCUUUCGUACUACAAUCGAUGCUUGCAACACGAUAG